UGUGGUGGAAAAAAAAUCAAUUCGUGGAGCAAGCGUGGGGUGCAAAGAGUCCGGUUAAAUAUAUAUAAGAGAGAGCAUCGGGGGGGUUAUUGUCUUUGACCUCUUCAACAUCGCUCUCCUCACUCUCCAACAAAAGUAACGAACUCCCUCAACUCAAAAGAAAAAAGAGACAGCCCUUUGCACAACCGUCGUCGACGAUUUGCAGAAAGAGCCACCUGCGUGCGACCAAGCCUGCUAUCAGAAGCUGGUCUCGCUUGAAAAUUGAUCUCUGUCCUCCUUUCACGUCCCCACUCCACCAACACUCCUUAGACCGACCGAGCAACUCAUAACCUCUCUCCACAUCAUGUCUCUCGUCACUCCUGCUCUUGAACGAUCCAACAUGUUUGAUCAAGUCCACACCGUGGGAUCAGACUCUGAAGCCUCGCUCCCUGCUACUCCUGAUGUCAAGACAUCAGGUAUCGACGCUUUUGCGGGCAUCAAACCCAUUCAACCCACCUUCCGACCCUCUGACGAGGACAUUCCGGACAACUAUGUCACCGCCACUAUCUCGAAGCAAAAAUAUCUCCCACCAGUCACCUGGAAGAACCUUUUCUGGAACAUUCAGUGGAUCUCUUUCCUUGCCAUCACGGUCACUCCUACCAUCGCUCUUUACGGAUUCUUUACCACCCCAUUGCAGCGCAAGACGUUGAUCUGGAGUGUGAUUUACUACUACAUCACUGGUCUCGGUAUCACUGCUGGUUACCAUCGACUUUGGGCUCACAGAUCUUACAACGCAUCUACUCCCCUUCAGUAUGGUCUUGCGAUUGCUGGUUCCGGUGCCGUUCAGGGCUCCAUCAAGUGGUGGUCUCGAGGUCACCGAGCUCACCACCGAUACACCGACACCAAGCUUGACCCUUACUCGGCUCACGAAGGCUUCUGGUGGGCUCACGUCGGCUGGAUGAUCAUUAAGCCGCGAGGCAAGAUCGGAGUCGCCGACGUCUCUGAUUUGACUCGAAACAAGGUCGUCCGAUGGCAACACAAAAACUACCUCUCGCUCCUGUUCAUUAUGGGCUUGAUCCUGCCAACUAUCGUUGCUGGACUAGGAUGGGGUGACUGGCGCGGAGGAUUCUUCUUUGCCGGUGCUGCCCGAUUGGUCUUUGUCCACCACUCCACUUUCUGCGUCAACUCGCUCGCUCACUGGCUCGGUGACAAGCCCUUUGACAACAAACACACUCCCUGCGACCACUUCUUCACUGCUCUCUGCACUAUCGGCGAGGGCUAUCACAACUUCCACCAUCAAUUCCCUAUGGACUUCCGAAACGCUAUCAAGUGGUAUCAGUACGACCCAACCAAGUGGUUCAUCGCCGCCAUGUCACAGCUCGGUCUCGCUUCUCACCUCAAGCGAUUCCCUGACAAUGAGAUCCGCAAGGGUCAGUACACCAUGAAGCUCCAGCAGCUCCAGGAGCAAGGUGACAAGCUCAAAUGGCCCAAAUCAAGCAACGAGCUUCCCGUCAUCAGCUGGGAUGACUUCCAGGCUGAAGCGAAGGAACGAUCGUUGAUUGCCAUUCACGGAUUCAUUCACGAUUGCUCUUCCUUCGCCGAGGACCACCCUGGAGGAGCUCACUUGAUCAAGCGAGCCAUCGGAACCGACGCCACUACCGCUUUCUUCGGAGGCGUAUACGACCAUUCUAAUGCCGCCCACAACCUGCUCGCCAUGAUGCGUGUCGGUAUUCUCGACGGCGGAAUGGAAGUUGAGCAUCUGAAACGCCGCCACGCCGACUCUGUCUCCUCCUUCACGUCUGCCGAAUCUGGCCCUUCUACUCCUUCCCUCUCAUCCGCCAGCUCGUCCAGUGCCGAUCUUCAAUCCCUCCUCUCCGACACUGACUCGCUCCGUCUCCAAAAGGCUGCCGCACCUACCGGUCAACCCGCUGCUCAAGUUGCGAGCAAGUGGACUUUGGCGGUCCCACCAUCGGAGAAGUUGAGAAUUAUCCCUACUUCCCCUGAACUUCGACCUGGUCUCAUUCAACGACGAUCUUCCAUCACCAGUCUUGACAUGAAGACACGUGCUGAUGAAAACGGAGAGAUCAGCCCGAUGCUGGGACAAGAGUGAUUCAGAAGUCGGAUAGGGAAUUGAGAGGUAGUAUUCACGACUUAUGUACGAACUAGGCAAUAUAUCAUGUAGACAACACCACACACUCUUUCACCAAUGCAGUCAUAUUUCCAUUCAA